CACAAUCAUUUUUUAUCAUUCGCCAUUUGAAGCAAUUCGCUUGAUUAUUUAAGUAAAUCACCAGAAAAAUGCCGCCCUUUUCCGCCUGCUCGAUGUGCAACCGUAGAACUAGGAAGAUGGUGAAGGAUCCUGACACCUUAAAGCUCAUCUACGUGUGUCCAGAUUGCUAUGUGAACCGGUUUCCGUACAGAUAUCUGCUAAGAGCAGCCCAAAAGAUGGCUAACCAGCAGGAAACUGAGAGGAGGGAAGAGAAAGUGCCACCCAUUCCGAAGGUCACACCUCCACUCAUGCAAACGGUGAUCAUCAAGGAUCGGAAGUACGUGGCCAUCAGUGAGACGGCCGACGACGAGUGAUUGGUCUUGGCCUGAUUUUUCAUUUUUAUGAGGGAGCCACUGGUAUCUAAUUGAACUAGUUUCGCCGUCAGCUCAUUUCCAUUAAACGCAAGCCGCCCAUAAAAAACCCAA